UGCGUCAUCCGUCUGCGCCGACACGAUUACGUCAGAAGCCUUGAGGGGCGCGAAGUGGCUGCGAUGGCUUCCAGUGGGGCUGGUGUGAACCCUGGCGGCUCGGCAAACGAAGCUUCCGAAAUUCCUGACAACGUGGGAGAUUGGCUUCGGGGCGUCUACCGCUUCGCCACCGAUAGGAAUGACUUCCGGAGGAACUUGAUCCUAAACUUGGGACUUUUCGCUGCGGGAGUUUGGCUGGCCAGGAACUUGAGUGACAUUGACCUAAUGGCACCUCAGCCAGGGGUGUAGCCAAAUAGACACAUGGAACGCAUGCUGUACUUGAACCUUCAAACACCGAGCCUCCAAUUUGUGACCAUCACAAGACUUGCCCUGAUAACAGCGGAAGUUUGAUUCAGACGGGUACCUUCCCUUCCCUGCCUGAUCUCUUUCUUCGCUGAGUUCACUCAGAACUCCAUUCUCUGCUCAGCAGUCAGGCUUCAGCUAAAGCAUUGUCCUCUGUUUUGUAAAGUUCUGUACAUAGUUCCUAAGUUUCUGCCGCGUGUGAUUUUUGCUCGUCUUGAGGAAUGACCUGAUGGCAUUUUAAAUGUUAUUUGAAAUAAAGACUGUACACAAA